AGGAAGCGUAGGUAGAACGUCUACCCAACUUUGGCGGGUCAUAGGUUGCUUUUUCUUUCAACAAAAGUAAACACAAAACGAUCCUGCAGACCCUCCAGUUAGAAACAAGAGGAAGGAACACUGGAACCGGAAAAGCUGGAAGAAGCCUGUAAUUAUCGUCCAGGGAAAGCGUCUUUAAGUCCGUGGUGCUCACACAACUUUGUUGUUCAUUUUAUGGAUAUUUUUAAAAUAUAGACUUCGCUUUUAUUGUUCGAAACCAAUAACAUUAAUGAGCACUGACCUAGGCGUGCUCUCAGAUAAAACUCCUGUGCUCGUGUGAGAGAGGUGGUGAAUCAGAAAAAAUGGAAAUGGGCGACAAUGAUAUGGAAGAGCAAGACGCUUUUCGCGUGCCGAGGGAUGAAGAAGGUGGUUUUCCAGAAAAUCCCAAAAGAAGAGUUCGGAGGGUAGAGAAGUUCCAUAAGAAUGUUUCUAGGUGGAUGCUUCCCAAGGAGUUACGGGAGACGUAUUUGGAGCGAGCAAACUGCUGUCCGCCGCCAAUCUUCAUCAUCCUCGUCAGUUUAGCUGAGUUGGGAGUGUUUAUCUACUAUGCAGUAUGGAAGCCACAGAAGCAGUGGGUAACACUGGGAGACGGGAUCUGGAGGAGUCCUCUUACCUAUAAGCCUGAACAGCGAGAGGAAGCCUGGCGGUUUAUCUCCUACAUGUUUGUACAUGCCGGUGUGGAGCAUAUUAUGGGAAACAUGUUAAUGCAGCUUUUUCUGGGCAUUCCUCUGGAGCUUGUGCACAAGGGCUUUGAAGUUGGCAUGGUCUAUAUGGCUGGGGUCCUCGCAGGUUCUCUCGCCAGCUCCAUCUUUGAUCCGUACAGUGCUCUUGUGGGCGCUUCAGGUGGUGUUUAUGCCCUCAUAGGAGGUUACUUCAUGAAUGCCGUGGUGAAUUUCAGGGAGAUGAUUCCAGUUCUGGGAGUGUUUCGCAUCUUAGUAAUUGUUCUGAUUGUUGGAACAGAUGUCGGAUUUGCUAUUUACAGAAGAUUCAUUACCCACGAGGCUGGCUUGAAGGUCUCUUUUGUAGCCCAUAUAGCCGGUGGGGUAGCAGGCAUGACCAUCGGUUAUGUGUUUUUCACCAGUUACGACAAAGCGCUCCUGAAGGACCCACGCUUCUGGCUGUGCAUUGUGGGAUACAUUGCCUUCUUCUUUUUUGCUGUAAUCUUCAACAUCUUCUUGUCCCCAGCACCUGCAUGAGCACCUGCAAGGAGGAUGUGUGUGUUGACGUAAUGCAUCAGUUUACAGUGGACAAUCAUAGCUUUUUUAAAGGAGCAGGUAUCAGGUCAAUAUGUCAGAACAUCCUGCUGGUUUUAAAGACUUUUAAGGUCGUAUGUUAAUACACUACCUACAUAUCUAAAGGAAAUAAAUGUAAUUUUUGGACGUGAUUUAUAUCCAAAUAUUUUUUUGCUUUUACAUGAACAGUUGUCUCAGGAGCAAAGAGAAGUUUAAUAUUUUUAUCAUUUAUAUACAUGAACAAAAAUUAUUGAGUCUUUUCCAGGCUUGCAAUAACUAAAUAGCUCAAUUUAAUUUAAAGGGAUAGUUCACCCAAAAAUUAAUUUAAGUCAUUUAUUACUCACCCUCAUUUCAUUCCAAACCCGGAGGACCUUUGUUUAUCUUCAGAACACAAAUUAAGAUAUUUUGGAUGAAAUCCAAAAGCCUUCUGACCCCGCACAGACAGCAGUGUAACUGAAAUACUCUUGAUAAUAGUGGAGGACGGUGAUGCGAAAGAGAAGAAUUGUUGAAUGAAUUUGUUAUUUUUGUUUUCUUUAUGCACAAAAAGUAUUGACAACUGAUGUCACAUGGAAUUUUUUACCAGGGUCUGGGAAUAUUUCAGUUACAUU